UAUUAUUUUCGUCAUUUGCAUCAAAGGUCAGAGCUUUAUGGUCACUGCCAUGAAAUAGGAGCCUAAACUCAUGUUUGUUAAUGAUGAUUCAUGUGUGAUAUAAUCUAGCAGCCUAUUGCAGAAUAGGGAAAUUACAAGGACCAACCUAGGAUUGAACUGGGUCCAAUGAAUCCAGUGUCUUCCGAGAGAAGAGGAUGAAACUUGACAAAAAUGGAAAAUAGAAAUUAAAUGAAACAAUCCCCCAAAGAUGUUUAAUGCUAGGGCCCUACAGAGUUUUUUUUUCUUCUCCAAGUAAUAUCAAAGUACAAAAGUAAAAUACAAAAGUUAGAUUCUCUACCCAAAACAACCAUUAAUGAAGCUACCCUACAAAAUCAAAGGAAGCUAUCUCUAUAGGGGACAACAACAGAGCUUGUCUUGCCACUCUAUGGGCAGCCCAGUUGACAGUCCUCGUGACCGAACUAAACCUAAUACAAGAAGAACAAGAGCUCAACAACUGUAAACAAUCGCGAAGUAAGGGUCCGCCCACCGAGUCUUCACGGCACCUUCCGUCAAUCUGCCGAAUGACCAUUUCAGCGUCUCCUUCAAUAAUAACAUGAGAGAUGUUGUGGGAAAGCACUAGGAGCAAGGCGUCCCUUGCAGCAAAUAGCUCUGCAAGAUAAGGAUUCGAAACUCCUGGAUGGUGGAAUCCCAAGGUCAAAAAGACUUGCCCACCCGAGUCUCGAGCGACGAGUCCUGACGAACAUCCCGAAUUAGGAACAACCGCAUCGAAGUUGAUCUUAAGAAAGCCUUCAGCAGGACCAACCCAACUGGAGAGAUGGACGGACUGGAGGUGGGGAGAAGGGGCAAGGGGUUGAAGGGAGACUGAGGAGUUUUCUUGGACUUGGAAAAAGAACUGACGAGCAAGAGAACUGGCUAGUGGUUGAGUAAAUUCAAAAACCACUUUAUUUCUAGAUUUCCAAAUUCUUUAAAGAAGACAAAUGCAGGGGAGAUAGUGGAUUUGAAAGUUUUCUGAAUUCGUAACAUAUCGCCACUAGAUACCGAAGUUGUCAGUUGGGACGGAAGAAAGUAGGCCACUUAGACCCACCAUAUUCCAGAGGUGAAGGGCAAGAGGACAGUGGAACAGAAGGUGCUCAAUACUCUCCUGACCAUCCCAGCAAACUGGGCAACGAGCUUGGCAGUUAAUUCCCCGGGAUCUAAGAGCCACCAUAGUUGGCAAAAUUACUUUCAAACAUUGCCAUAUGAAAAAUUUGAGCUUUGGUGGGACGUCAAGAGCCCACGUCCUUUUCCAGACUGGAAGAUCAAUUAUGGAAGCCAUCGAUUUUUGGCUGGGCGCUAAGAUAUUUCCCAAUGCGAGAUGGUAUCCUGUCUUCACCGAAUAAAAUCCAUCUUUUGUAAAGUGUGAGAUUAACUUAUACGGUUGUGGUAAAAUGAGACCCUACAAAGUAUAUCAGGUGUGAUUUUCCUCUGCAAGUUGGCUGGCUGCUAAUUAGCCACUCACCAAACUCCGUAUGACAUUAUUACCUAUAUUACUCAUCAGUUCAUCACAUUAACUACUUAAUUAUUCUUAUUAUUUGUGAUUAAUUAGUGGUUUCCUCCUAAUGAUGUCAACCCUCAUCCCCUUCCACAAAUUCAAAUUCUUUAUUCCGAGUUUCUGACUCUGUGAACACAAUAAUGUUCCUCUUCGGCUCUUCCCCUUGUCAAACAUUCAACUGGUUCAUAUUACAAGACACUAAUCUCAAUUCUCCACUAGGAUAUUACAAUAUUACUAUGUGGGCCACAUACAUAGGUCAAUGGAAUAGUAAUCUUGUAUGAAGCAAGCAAAUGCCCACAUGUUUCAGAGUCCCUGGACCCACUUGUCACUUCAUCCCAUUUUCAGACAUCUUUGCCAAAUAAUUGAGUCAUCACCAAUUCAUUUGGUCCUCAGCUCAUCUAUGCUGAUGCUGAUGACGUUAUCCAAGAAGUUCAAAGGAUGGGUUGGUCACAGGGAUAAACAUAAAGUAACAUUCUUUCUUCUUCAAUCUUCACUCUCGAUUUUGCUGUACAAAACUUGGUAAGAGUGACAUGUAACUAAUGCCUCUUUGCUUCUUGUCAAAAAAAAAAAAAAAAAUAAAUAAAUAAAUAAAUAAACUAAUGCCUCUUUGCUACAAGAUGCUAAGACUAAAACCAGUAGCAACAUGCAACAUGUUUUAGGUACAGUAGGGCAUGUAACAUGUUUUAGGUACAGUAGGCAGUAGCACAGAGAAUCAUUCUUUGCUUGAGCUUGCAGACACUGUUUUCAAGCUUUAACUAUUCAGUAUUCACUACAACUUUCUGGACUCAAAGCAAAGCAUAGGCACUUCCUCAGGGCCAUCCCCUUUGGCCUUUCCAUAGAUGGGAUUGGACUUUAAGCCACUCAUAAGCUUCAAUAAUGACCUUACACUUCCCCAACUAUAGCAUACAGACUUUCCUGUAAUCCCCAGUCUCUCUCUCUCUCUCUCUCUCUCUCUCUCUCUCUCUCUCUCUCUCUCUCUCUCUCUAACUAUACCUCAUUUACUCCAUGUCUGUGGGUCAGAUGGUAUGGCUUUUCCUCCUUUCUCCACCUAUUUUUUACUAGAGAGGUCUACUUAAACUGUUGACCAUGGAGAUUGGCUCCAACAACUUUUUUUUUUUACAAGUUCUUUCUUCUUGUUGUAUCUCUCCUUGAAAUUUGACCCAUUUAUGCUAAAAUAAUGUCCAAUAAUUAAUAAACAAAAAUAUCAGAGUGGAAUGGAAUCCUUUCGGAUGGUUUUCUGUGUACAAGUCUUUCUAGCAAUAUUUAUAUUUUAAGACUUGGGUAUUGGCUGGAUGUGGAUUCUCUCUGCUUGGGGUUGAGGGGGAGGGGUUUUUGAGGGAUUCCCUCUUAUUCUGAGAGGGAUAAAUCUUACUGCUUUGUCCUCUUAGAGAAAGCUCUCAUAUCUCUCACCUGUAAACUCCCCUAAAGGUAGAUUCUUGCAAAAAAGUUUGGUGUCAGCAAUGUAUUCCCCAACCCACAUAUGCAGAUUACUUGUUUGCAAGGCUUUCCAGCUGAGUUCCUUAGCUGCUCAUGUUCAUCCCAUCUCAUUUCCUUUCCAGGAAGCCUCUAUUAUUAUAUGGGUGAAUAAGAAGAUAGUGGUCUGAAACCAAAAAUUGAGCUCGUUUUCAAGUCUUCCGUCUAAUUUCUCCCAAUGGCAAGAAAGGUGCCGAUGCUUCUGCUGAUUCUUGGGGUUUGCUUGCUGCCAAUGGAAGUUUUGGGUGCUGGAAAUGCCUCUUCUUCAUCAAGGCCAAAGACGGUGAAUUUAGGAGCCCUCUUCACUUCUGAUUCAGUGAUUGGUAGAGCAGCCAGGCCAGCAAUCUCAGCUGCAAUUGAUGAUGUCAAUUCUGAUCCCACCAUCCUCUCAGGAACCAAGUUGAACCUUCUCUUCCAUGACACUAAUUGCAGCGGAUUUCUUGGGACUGUUGAAGCUUUGCAGCUGAUGGAAAAUGAUGUGGUGGCAGUAAUUGGGCCACAGUCUUCAGGGAUAGCUCAUGUGAUCUCCCAUGUAGUCAAUGAACUCCAUGUUCCAUUACUUUCAUUUGCAGCAACCGAUCCAACCCUAGCAGCACUCCAAUACCCAUACUUCAUUAGAACUACGCAGAGUGACUACUUCCAAAUGUAUGCAAUUGCUGAUCUGGUCACAUACUUUGGGUGGAGGGAAGUCAUUGCCAUAUUUGUUGAUGAUGAUUAUGGAAGGAGUGGAGUGUCUGUGCUAGGAGAUGCCUUGGCGAAGAAGCGAGCCAAGAUCUCUUACAAGGCUGCCAUCACCCCAGGAGGGAGUCAAAGUACAAUCAAAGACAGAUUGGUUGAGGUUAACCUAUUGGAAUCGAGGGUCUACAUUGUCCAUGUGAAUCCUGAUUCAGGGCUUUCCAUUUUCUCAGAAGCCAAGAAUCUUGGCAUGAUGAGCAAAGGGUAUGUGUGGAUCACUACAGACUGGCUUGCUUCUGUAUUGGAUUCUAUGGUGCCACCUGAUGCCGAUACAAUGAGCCUUCUCCAAGGGGUUGUGUCGUUCAGGCACCACACUCCAGAUACCGACCUCAAGAAGAAGUUCAUGAAAAGAUGGAAUGAUGGUCUGAAAUACAAGAAACCAGGACCAGCAUCGUUUAAUUCCUAUGCACUCUAUGCUUAUGACUCUGUGUGGCUUGCUGCACAAGCACUUGAGACGUUCUUAAACAGCAAUGGGACGAUUUCUUACUCGAACGAUCCACAAUUACGCGAUGUCAAUGGAAGCACAUUGCAUUUGUCAUCUCUUAGAGUGUUUAAUGGAGGCCAGAAGUACCUUGACACACUGCUGUCUACAAACUUCAUUGGUUUGAGUGGUGAAGUCCAGUUUGAUUCUGAUAAGAACUUUAUUCACCCUGCUUACGAUGUGCUCAAUAUAGGAGGGAAUUCUUUCAGGAGAGUUGGGUACUGGUCCAAUCACUCAGGUCUAUCCACUGUCACUCCUGAGACUCUCUAUGGGAAGCCUGCGAAUGGUUCUUUGAAUUCCAAUUCUAAGAGUGAUGAGCAUCUGUACAGCAUCAUCUGGCCUGGUGAAACCUCUGACACACCAAGAGGUUGGGUUUUUCCUAACAAUGGGAAGCCACUGAGGAUUGCAGUUCCAGAUCGAAGGAGUUACUUGGCGUUUGUGGCGAAGGACAAGAACCCUCCUGGGGUUAGAGGGUACUGCAUUGAUGUGUUUGAAGCUGCUAUCAACUUGUUGCCAUAUCCUGUUCCCAGGACUUAUAUGUUGUAUGGAGGUGGGAAAAGAAAUCCUUCCUACAAUGAUCUUGUCAAUGCAGUUGCUCUUAACGAAUAUGAUGCAGCAGUAGGGGACGUGACAAUAGUGACGAACAGAACAAAGAUAGUGGAUUUCACGCAGCCAUACAUGGAGUCAGGGCUGGUAGUGGUGGUGCCAAUGAAGCAAGCCAAAUCCAGCCCCUGGGCAUUCAUGAAGCCAUUCACCAUCCAGAUGUGGUGUGUCACCGGCGCUUUCUUCCUUUUCGUCGGAGCCGUGGUCUGGAUCCUCGAGCACCGCAUCAACCACGAGUUCCGCGGCCCUCCUAGCCAGCAGCUCAUCACCAUUUUCUGGUUUAGCUUCUCAACCAUGUUCUUCUCACACAGGGAGAACACGGUGAGCACAUUGGGACGUUUGGUGUUGAUCAUAUGGCUGUUCGUCGUCCUGAUCAUCAAUUCCAGCUACACGGCCAGCCUGACGUCGAUCCUGACCGUCCAGCAGCUGACUUCAAGAAUCGAAGGAAUCGACAGCUUGAUCGCCAGCACCGAGCCCAUUGGAGUUCAAGACGGUUCGUUUGCGUGGAACUACUUAGUCGAUGAGCUCAACAUUGCAGCUUCCAGGCUCGUCACACUGAAAACCCAGGAAGAUUACUCCACCGCACUUGCCAAGGGACCCAAAGCCGGCGGAGUGGCCGCCAUCGUCGACGAGCUUCCUUACGUUGAGCUCUUCUUAUCCAGCGCCAAUUGCCAGUUCAGGAUCGUCGGGCAGGAGUUCACCAAGAGCGGCUGGGGAUUUGCGUUUCAGAGAGACUCCCCACUGGCCGUCGACCUCUCGACGGCGAUCCUCCAACUCUCCGAGAACGGCGACCUCCAGAAGAUCCACAACAAAUGGCUGCUCCACAGCGAGUGCACCGACUCGCUCAACCCGGUAGACGAGAAUCGCCUCUCGCUCAGCAGCUUCUGGGGGCUCUUCCUGAUCUGCGGCCUCUCCUGCCUCCUCGCCCUCCUCAUCUUCUCCUGCCGGGUAUACGGCCAGUACAGCAGAUUCGCGCCCCACGAAGGCGGCGGAGACGGCGACGGUGAGACGGAGGACAUUCGGCCGGCGACGAGGACGCCGCGGCGGUCGUUGAGGACGACGAGCUUCAAGGACUUGAUAGAGUUUGUAGAUAGGAAGGAAACGGAGAUUAAGGAGAUACUGAAGCGGAAGCACAGCCAGAAUAAUCAGGAUAGCAAGAGAACGCAUCAUAGCGGCAGCCCUAGCGACGACGGCGGCGGCGGUUCCCACGCUUAGCUCGCCGGCUUGAUUGAUUAACUUUAUUAGUUGUAAUUUUGUUGAGGACGGCGUGGCGGCCGGCGAGGGGUAAAAAAGGAAAAGACAGUGGAUAAAUGGAGUUUGUUUUUAUUUAAGUAGGGUAUAGAAAGAAUAUCUGUAGUCUAUGUAGAAAGCAUUUUGUAAUUUACAAUAAUGGGUAAAAGAAAAGGAAAAUAAAAAUAACAGUUAGAUACUUAUUAAAUUCUAGGUUUAAUACAUUUGUAUAACCAAAAUUUUCACGGUUGUGCCAAUAAUAUCCAAAUUUCUCGAAAUAUCACUUACAUCCAUGUUUUAAAGUUGUUCUUUGCCAAAUCUAUCCAUUUCCCAAUAUAUUUCUGGUUAAAUACACUUGUAUAUCCAAAAACACCGUUAAAGAAUGUGAAGGAAUUGGAUAUAAGUGGUAUUUUGGGAAAUUUGGAUAUUAUUGGCACAACCGUAAAAGUUUUGGAUAUACAAGUGUAUUUAACCUACUUAUUACUUAGAUAGAAUCAUGGUUUGCAGUUUGCACACUAGAAGAAAAGUAAAAGGUGAUUCACUUAAAAAAAAAAGAAAAAGUAAAAUGUUAUUAUGCCGUUUAUUUACAAAGGGAAUCCUUAUCGUUAUUUAACUUAUCAGAUUUAAAAGGGUUAAUAUUUUCGUAUGGCCUGAACUUUGACCAAAAUAAAAUCCUGAUCAAUCUUUUUGAUCUAGACCUGGCAUUCGGGUCGGGUUGGGUAAUUUUGGGUUGGGAACUUCGGUUAUGGGUCGGGUCAUGUUUGGUUGGCUUAUUUCGGGUCAAAUAUUGACCCAACCCAUUCGGUUUCGGGUCGGGUUACAGGUCAUUUCGGAUUAUGAGCGUUCUCAGAAACAAUAUCAAACAUGCUUCAUAUUUUCUUAAAGAACACAAAUUUUCACAUAUGCAUGACAAUAGUUUACCUAACACAUGUCAAUUAACAUAUUCUCAAAUCCUCUCACGCUAAUGAAAUGAAAUAUAAAUUGCGCAAAUCGUCAAAAAACAAUCACAAGAGUAAUACUACUACAAGAAACACAUGAUAUUUGAUUAUCCUUAAACUCCAAACAUGUCAUUCAAAUCCUUGUGAGUUUUUUUAAACAUCUCACCAAUUUAUGAGUGAUUUUAUCAUAUUUUGGGAAUAAUAGAUUAAAUAAAACGGGUCUAACAGGUCGACCCGCUAACCCACCCAACCCGACCCAAAAAAUUACGGGUUAUCGGGUUCGGGUCAUUCAGAUUUUGGGUUACAAAAAUUUCUAAUUUUCGGGCGGUUUCGGGUCGGGUUGUAAUUUGCCAGGUCUAUUUCGAUCUAUAACAUCCUGGCCCGAACUAUACACCAAAAUAAACAAUUUGGCAAAACCCGAUCUUUGACAAUUAACUUGGACGGUCAACGCGCCACGUCACUGCCAAGUCAGAAGAUCUGAUAAAUAUUUAAUUUUUUAGUUUUUUAUUUUUGGUUUAACUAAGGUAUUAGAUGAUUUUUUUAAUUUAUAAUAAUUUAAAAUUAGGGAAUGUGUGGAAAUUGUGAAUUAUUUUAAAUAUUUUAUGCUGACUUGGCAGUGACAUGGCGCGUUGACUAACAGUCAACACGUUUGACCGUCCAAGUUAACGGUCAAAAGUCGGAUUUGGCCAAAUUGAUUAUUUUUGUGUAUAGUUCAGGCCAGGAUGUUAUAUAUCAAAAAGAUUGGCCAGGAUAUUUAUUUUGGUCAAAGUUCGGGUCAUACGAAAAUAUUAAUCCGAUAUAAAAAGUAUUAAACAAUAACAUUCUGG